AUGUCUUAUUUUCUAGGCAUUGAGGUGAACCAGACAGAUGAAGGAAUAUUUAUUUCACAAAAGAAAUAUGCAAAAUAUGUGCUAAAGAAGCUCAAGAUGGAAUCAUGCAAGCCGAUGCUGACUUCAGUGGAAGAAAGAUUGAAGUUGGAAAGAGAAAGUGGCGGUGAUCUUGUCAACUCAACUAACUUCAGAAGAUUAGUUGGAAGCCUCAGUUCUAGCAAGCUAGAGUUGGUUGGAUACACAGACAAUGAUUGGGCUGGUGAAGCCGAAACUUGUAAAAGUACUUCAAGUUAUGUUUUUCAUCUUAGAGCUGGUGUUUUUUCUUGGUGUUCCAAGAAACAACAAGUAGUUACACUGUCAACAGCAAAAGCAGAGUACAUUGCAGCAACAAAUUGUGCUACUUAA